CUGGAUUCAGAAAUGCUCCAGUGGCCUGGGGCAAAGGGAGAACCUCCCUCUCUUCAAAACCACCUCUACCUGUUAAGCUGCAUUUAUUGCUGAAAACAAACCACUGGUUGGCUCGAUGACCAGCUGAGAAGAAGACAAAAUGGCAACUGCUUUUGCUCAGAAUGUCGAAUUUGUGCGGACGGGCUACGGCAAGAACACAGUGAAGGUUCUGUGCAUCAGGAGACAGGGGGGACACCAUGACAUCAUCGAGAUCAAGGCAGACGUGCAACUCACUCUCAAGUCCCGCAAGGAUUAUCUCACCGGAGACAACUCGGACAUCAUCCCUACUGACACUAUCAAGAACACUGUCCAUGCUUUGGCUAAACUCAAGGGGGUAAAGACCAUUGAGCAGUUUUCUUUGGAUAUUUGUCGCCAUUUCCUGACCUCUUUCAACCAUGUGCUGAGGGCCAAGGUUCACAUGGAGGAGGUGCCGUGGAGAAGGCUGGAAAAGAUUGUAGGCUCCAGCACUCCUGCGACCCUUGUGAGGAUAAGCGGCUCAGAUAAUGGAUGGAUGGAUGGCACCCCGCACACUCACUCUCUUACUGUCCAACACUCAGGCAUCCCAGUGGUCCACGGUGGACUCAAGGACAUGAAGGUGUUGAAAACCACUCAGUCUGGUUUUUGGGGUUUCCUCAGAGACCGCUUUACCACGUUGCAAGAGGCCAUGGACAGGUGUUUCUGUACCACUGUCUAUGCCAGGUGGCGCUACAACAAGGUUCAAGAUGUCAACUUUGAUGCUGCAUGGAAAUCUGUCAAAGAUACGAUCACUGAGAAGUUUGCAGGCCCAUUUGAUCAUGGAGAGUUCUCGCCCUCUGUGCAGAAGACUCUUUAUGACGCACAAGUCCUAGUUCUCUCUCGGGCUCCUGAGGUGGAUGAAAUAGAGAUCAUCAUGCCCAACAACCACUACUUCACCAUCGACAUGACAAAAAUGGGCAUUGAGAACAAGGGCGAAGUUCUUCUUCCCCUCGACAACCCCUCAGGAAUCAUCACAGGAACUGUGCGCAGGAAGCAAGCCAGACUGUGAAGACAAAAGCCCAAAUAUAGAAUAUACUGCCAAGAUUGAUGAUAUAAAGUACCUUAGUCUCAGAAACAACAACCAAUAAACAGGUGUCAUUCUUUGGUGAGAAAA